GAUGCAACGAGUAAUCGCUUACUUCAAAUGGCAAACUACAAAUAUCAUUUGCUUCAAGCGGAAGGCGAGACUCCAUUUGUUUCCCGCAGGCCGUUGAAAGUGUGUGCUAUAUUCGGAUUAAUACUGCUAAUUAUUUGGUAUAAUUGCAGCAUAACAUUCACAAUUCCAUUAACGAGUACGCUGCAAACUCUUUCUAAGAUCAACUCGGAAGAGAUUUCAACAGCUUACCCAUCUUCAAUUCAAUCUACAAGCCAAGCUCAUUAUGAGAUCAUUAAUGAGGAAACUACGAGUGAUUUUCCAGAAGCAACUACAAGUUAUUCUCCAAAAGAAACUACAAGUGAUUAUCCAUCAGAAACUACAGAUAUUACAACUAGUACAACACAAUUGGUUACCUCGACUACAACAGAUCCCCAUUUGGGAGAAUACUUUGUCUAUACGCCAACUUGUCACAUGCCUGCCAUCAAUCCUUUUGCCAGAGAUGCGUUGAAAAUAUUUAAAAAAGCUGCCUACAAAUCAUGCGAUAACGACAAGGAUAUGAUAUCUGUUCGUUAUGAUGAGACGGAGCGUAUUUAUAGUCUCCACAUGAACGUGGCUAAUAUCAGUUGUUGCUACAAAUCAAUUCUACGCUACGGUGCUGGAAAUAAUGCGGAAAAAUCUUACAAACUCUCGGUUUGCGUUGAUUUUCAACAGGAUUUUAAAGUACCUCUGGAUGUGGAUGGCAUCAUCACAAAUUGUCGUAAAUUGAAUACGACUAAAGUUGUGCAGAAGGAUGCUUUUAACUUUGUGCAAGCCAAAAAAUCAAACCUGAAUAAGACUAUUGAAAAAGACUUGUCCCAAAGGCGACCAAGUGUCUUGUUGUGGGGCAUUGAUUCCUUAUCUCGCAUGAACUUUCAGCGCACCAUGCCACAAAUGUUCAAGUAUCUGAGAGAGGAGAAUUGGUACGAGCUGCAGGGUUAUAAUAAGAUGGGCGACAAUACUUAUCCCAAUUUGAUGGCCAUUUUAACUGGCUUUAACAGCACUCGAGCGUAUUCAGUUUGCAAGCCGAAAGAAUUGUGGGGCAUGACUAAUUGUCCCAUUAUCUGGAAGGAAUACAAGAGAUGCGGAUACUUCACAGCCUACGCCGAAGAUUGGGCCUGGGGAGCUACGUUUAACUUCAACAAGAAGGGAUUCGUGACGCCUCCAACGGAUUAUUAUGCGCGCACCUUUAUGCUGGCCAUCGAAAAGGAGCUGAAGAGAAAAGUUGCCUCGAAUAUUCCUUAUUGUGUUGGCCGUCGCCAUUCUGCGGAAUAUAUUUACGAUGCUGCGCUGCAGUUCACCAAAGUCUAUAGGAAUGAAUCGAGUUUCGGCAUGUUCUGGACGAACUCCUUUAGUCACAAUGACUUUGCGAUGCCUUCAUCGAUGGAUACGCGAAUGCUGGAAUAUAUGCGAUCUCUGAAUCAAAGUGGAGUCUUUGAUAGUUCCAUCAUUGUGUUCUUCAGUGAUCAUGGCAUGCGUUUUGGUCGCCUGCGAGCCUUGAAGAGCGGCUACCUCGAGGAACGCAUGCCACUGAUGUAUAUCUGGUUGCCACAUUGGUUUCGCUUGCAAUAUCCUCAGUUUGAGAGGAGUUUGCAGCGCAAUCGAAAUCGUUUGACAUCGCCUUAUGACAUUCAUGCCACAUUGCAGCACAUUCUACAGCUGGAGACGCCGCCGGACAAGUUGCCACAUCCUGAAGGUUGUGCGAGUUGCCACAGCGUGUUGCACGAAGUCAACGUAUCGCGUAGUUGUCGCGAUGCCGGCAUCGAUGAUCAUUGGUGCACUUGCAGCGGCAUGUUGAAUGUUUCCCAGAGCGAUACUGUGAUUGAGGAGGCAGCCAAUCAGUUGGUGAAUGCCACAAAUGAUUAUCUCAUCGCCAAGCACUUUGGUAAUCUGUGUCAGCAACUGAAAUUGUCUAGGAUUCUGUCUGCGCAGCGAAUAAAUAAAGCAACCAAGAAGGAUUUGGAAUACUAUCUGAUUCGCUAUGAAGUGAAGACAAAGCGAACUAAAGCUACCUUCGAAGCGACGACAUCGUGGUCGAAAAAAACAAAUCGCGUUCAGAUUGAAGUACCUGACAUUAGCCGAUUGGAUGAGUACAAUAAUUUAGCCCAGUGUCUUAAGGAUGCUGUAGCCAGAAAGUAUUGCAUUUGUAGGAGAUAACUAAAUGUUGAUUAAUAGUAAUGUUUUAUAUAAGUUUUAUUAGUAAAACUGUUUAUAAUGACUGCCAAAAAACUAACAACGCACAGCUUA